CCUGGAUUUGAUCAAGUUGGUGGAGGCCCCGGCUCCCAUCAACUCAGCCUCCCUCCACCCAGAGAAGGAUUUCUUUGUUGCUGGCGGAGAAGACUUCAAGCUCUACAAAUUUGACUACAGCACCAAGGAAGAACUGGAGUCCUAUAAGGGUCACUUUGGUCCAGUGCACUGUGUUCGCUUCAGUCCGGAUGGUGAGCUGUACGCCAGUGGCUCUGAGGACGGCACGCUCCGACUGUGGCAGACAGCCGUAGGCAAAACUUAUGGCCUGUGGAAGUGUGUCCUUCCUGAGGACCUGGGGGCAGAGAACUCUGAGCAGCUGUACACAGCCCCUGAGAUCAAAGCCUGAGGAGAAACCAAUGCUGUUUGUUAACGGGAUGAAAAAAGGAAGAAGGAAAAAAGACGAGCGGAGGGGUGUUCCAGCGUUCUAUCAGGCCCGAGCAAGGAGCAGAGUCCAGAGCAUCUCCAUCCACCAGGAACUGAUGUGGAUAUUAUGACUGCCCUGUCUGUCAUAGAACUACCCAUCACACACUUGCACACACAAACAUACACACACUGAUUUUAUGCACACAUAUGGACAGUAUGGUCUGCAGAGUAAAGCAGUAGAGCUAUGAGUGUUGGCUCAUCGCUGCCUGCUUUCUCUCUGAUCAGUCCACUCCUGUCUGUCGGCUUAAACAAAUUUUAACUUCCCCUAAAGCCUUGAACCCCAAACCCCCCC